GCGUCAUCCACAUGAGCCGACACGGAACUAGCAGAGAGAGAGCUGCCCGACCCGUUAGUGAUGGUGGUGAAGACAUCUCCAUAAAUGCCCCUUUAACCACACCUCCGCAGGGGGAUUAUAGCACCACAGCAUGGCGAGGAUCUCGGUGAACUACAUCCUACUGUGCGGACAGUUCCUGCUGCUGCUGACGGUGUUAUUUCUACAAUGUCUGGAGGGGAUUCACUCCCACAACUCGACCACCGCUGCAGCGGUAGACGCAGCAAACGCGACGCCCGGAGCGACCGCAUCCGCCACCGCCGCCUCUGCCGCUGCCUCCACCGCGCUGCCACCCGACAAUACGACGACCCCCGUCCUGGCAACGGACCGGGGCAUCAACAACACGGAGUAUGAGUACCGACCCCCGUCCCCGGUGGUCCUCUGCAGCUUUCUGCCGGAUGAGUUCGUCCACUGCCAGGACCCUGUGGACCACGGCCUGAACGCCAGCGCCUUCCAGGAGCUGGGGCACGGCUGCCUAGGGUGGGGGGGCCAGACCCAGAAGGAGGUGAACCUCACGGAGGUGAUCUGCAUGGCGCUGGAAAACAUUGAGUGCGCCGGGCCCCGGGAGUUCCGGAGGGGCAACGUGCCCUGCAUCAAGUACACAGGCCACUACUUCAUCACUACCCUUCUGUACUCCUUCUUUUUGGGGUGCUUCGGCGUGGACCGCUUCUGCCUGGGCCACACGGGCACGGCGGUGGGCAAGCUGCUCACCUUGGGGGGGCUGGGCAUCUGGUGGUUCGUCGACCUCAUCCUGCUCAUCACCGGCGGCCUAAUGCCGAGCGACUACAGCAACUGGUGUACCUACUACUGAAGGCCCGUCGCCGACGUCGCCAGCCCCUUUGACACGUCCCCGUAAACCAGCCCCAACUCUCCCCAUAAACCAACUCCCAGCAGUCCCUGUUAACAACCCACCCCCUCCAUAAACCAUCUCUCAACUGUCACGGUAUACCAGACCCAUAUGGGCUCUAUAAAGCAGACCCAUUGGUCCCUAUAAAGCAGACCCAUUGGUCCCUAUAAAGCAGACCCAUUGGUCCCUAUAAAGCAGACCCAACAGUCCCUAUAAAGCAGACCCAUUGGUCCCUAUAAAGCAGACCCAUUGGUCCCUAUAAAGCAGACCCAUAGGUCCCUUUAAAGCAGACCCA